CCUCUAACCCCUCCCAUCUCCUUCCUGCUCAGCCAUAUUCAUUUAACAUAAUCGCAAGUAUAGAGGGGGCUGAUCAAAGGGGGGAUUACAGGCCAUAUUGGAAUCCACCUAGGGAUUAACCUAAUAAGGAGAGUCUCUGACUUGCACUCAGUUAUCCUGGAUUAGGUCCCACUCUAUCCAGUUUUUAUUUUGUGCCUGUGGAGUACAGACACAGUUUUUAUUUCUCCUAGAUUUUUUUUUGUUUUGUUUGUUGUUUACAGGAUGCCUAGUCCCUGUUUACGGGUGACAGGUAUUGAUGGAGUGGACUAAUAUUCCACUCGAGGAUGCUGUCUAGAAAGGCCACCAUACCUAGGUCACUGGGGCCUUUGUACAUUAAGGACGACAGAAGCAAGGUAACGGACAGCCACAAUCUGUCACCGACAGUAUUGGGCUGUCCCUAUUUAUUUCACUUAUUUAAGGUUUAGGGUGAGUUUAUUUUAGUGUACACCUUCAGAAUGGAAAAAGUGACUAGUAAACCGGACAGACCUACAAAGGGAAAAACGGCCUCGGUAGUUUAUUUUUCCUGCUCUCAGUGUGGCUCAAAGCUGGCAAAAGGUAGUUCUGACGCAGGUACCUUAUGUGCUUCAUGCUCUGGUGCAUCAGUGACAGAUCAGCAGGGAGGUUCCGCAGAUCAGCCGACGCCCCCAUGGGUUAAAAACAUGGUGGACGCCAUUUCAGAUUUGCGUCAAUCUAGGGAGACUGAAUCUGCUCGGACUCAGGUGGAGCCUUUAUGGGCCCAAAAUAUGGGAAAGUGCCUCACUGAUUUAACUCAAUCUUUGAAUAAGUUUGUAAAUGCUGCCAGCAGUUCGACUGCUACUAAACGAUCGCAGCCGUUACCCGCUAUAGCAUUUCCAGGUGAGGAGGCGGACACCCUGGCAUCUCCAUUGGAGGAGGGGGAGGUAGAUCCUGAAUGGGAUGAAGUUUCGGCUUGGGAAGAUGAGGAACCUUCUACUAGUUCAGGUGUUAGAUUGUUAAUAGAAGCCAUUCGUCAGACUCUUAAUAUUCAGGACACGGUGGUAGAGGAAACUCCUUCCCCCUUCUUCAAACGACAAAAGAGACAGGUUACGGCCUUCCCUUCUUAUUCUCACUUUGCGGAUAUUUUAAAAGAACCCUGGCUUAAACCGGAUUCUCGUUUUCAGGCGCCUAAAAAGUUAAGAUUUCUAUAUCCUUUUACAGAGGAAGAUACGAAAUUUUGGGAGACGGCCCCUAAGGUAGAUGCUCCUAUUUCACAUCUAGCAAAAGCUACGGUUAUUCCGUCGGUACAGUCUGUGACCUUAAAAGACGCUACCGAUAGAAAGAUUGAAGCAUUACUAAAAUCUAUGUUUUCUUUAUCAGGUGUUUCUCUCCGUCCAGUACUGGCGAGUGCCUGGGUACUUAAGGCCGUGGAUGAAUGGCUUGCACAGGUGGUAUCGGGAAUGCAGUCGGAUGAUCCGUCGGAAGCCAUUCACGUAGCGGAACAGAUUUCGGAGGCACUCACUUAUGUGGGUGAAGCCUUGUUGGAUUCGGUUGCACUACAGACCCGGGUUUCAGCCUUGACAGUAUCUGCAAGACGCUCUUUGUGGCUUAGAGUUUGGAAUGCUGAUUCUGACUCAAAGCAAACAUUGACGGCUGUGCCUUUUGAAGAUUCCCAAGAAGGGGCUCUUUCAGAGGAAGAGGAUAUCAGGCUAUUCGCAGACCGGCCAGUAAGCCUGCCGACAAACCUGAGGCAUGACGUCUCAGGUCCCCUGGAGGGAUCAAUGAAGGUUGGGGCCCGGUUACUUCAGUUCAGGGAAGUGUGGCUCCUAUCGAAACCGGAUCGGUGGGUAAUGGGGGUCAUUUCCAGAGGAUAUAUGUUGGAUUUCGAAGAGACGGUCCCAACCCGACUAUUCAUAACACCUCUCCCAGACGAUCCCUCCAGACGGCAAGCUCUUCUUCAGGCAAUCACAACCCUCUUACAAAAUGGAGUAAUCAUUCCGGUUCCCUCUCAUCAAAGGGGGCGGGGGUUUUACUCAGGUCUUUUUCUUGUGGACAAGCCGGAUGGUUCGUUUCGGCCCAUUCUGAAUCUGAAGGCUCUCAACCCGUAUCUCUCAACCCAAAAAUUCAAGAUGGAAUCCAUUCGCUCAAUUAUCGCCGCCAUGGAGCCAGGGGAAUAUUUGGCUUCAAUAGACAUAAAAGACGCCUACUUACAUGUCCCGAUUUGGAUAGGACAUCAGUCUCUGCUGAGAUUUGCAAUCGGGCCGGAGCAUUUUCAGUUUCAAGCUCUUCCCUUUGGUCUUUCUACGGCUCCCCGAGUUUUUACAAAGGUCUUAGGCCAUGUAGUCGCAGUUCUUCGUUGCCAAAGGGUCAACAUCACUCCAUAUUUGGACGACCUGUUGGUCAAGGCACCGUCAGCGGAGAUUCUCACUCAGAACCUGCAGUUAACAAUGGAGACUCUACAAUCGUUCGGGUGGAUAAUCAACUUUCCAAAGUCAUCUCUACUCCCUUCUCAGAAGAUGAUUUUUCUGGGACUUUUAUUCGACACCAACAGCCAGAAGGUGUUUCUUCCUGCGGACAAGAUUCAGGAUCUGCAGUCGAGAAUCCGAACCCUGUUACACUUACCAGUAGUGUCGGUCCUCAGAUGUAUGCAGGUGUUGGGCAAAAUGGUAUCCUCCUUCGAGGCAGUUCCAUAUGCCAGAUUUCAUGCCCGUCCUCUUCAAACGCAGAUUCUCAACUGUUGGACUCGGACGGAACCACGUCUCGAAUUACAGUUGAUCCGCUUGUCGAUAAAGACUCGUCAGUCUCUUCACUGGUGGCUUCACAGUCACAAUUUGAAAAAGGGUGCACCGUUCACAAUCUGGUCUUGGAUGAUGGUCACCACAGACGCAAGCCUCAGUGGUUGGGGGGCAGUUUUCCAGACUCAUCACUUCCAGGGACGCUGGAGCAAUCAGGAGUCAAAAUUGCAAAUCAACAUUCUGGAACUAAGGGCGAUUCGGUAUGCACUCAUUCGCAUUCAAACCAUGGUGCAGGGUCAACCAGUUCGGGUGCAGUCCGACAAUGCCACCGCAGUGGCUUACAUCAACAAACAGGGAGGAACUCGCAGUUGGUCCACACUGAGAGAGGUCGCUCAGAUCCUCGCGUGGGCGGAACGCUGGGUUCCGGUGAUCUCCGCGAUCCACAUUCCAGGAGUCGAAAACUGGGAAGCAGACUUUUUGAGUCGUCACACGAUUCAUCCGGGGGAAUGGGAACUUCAUCAGGAAGUGUUUCUCUCUCUAGUGGAUCGAUGGGGAAUGCCAGACAUAGACCUGAUGGCGUCUCGCCUCAACGCGAAACUUCCUCACUACGGAGCAAGGACUCAGGAUCCACAGGCAAUCCUGAUCGAUGCUCUUACUGCCCCAUGGCAAUUUCAACUGGGAUAUGUGUUUCCGCCAAUCCCACUGAUUCCGCGUCUACUCCAACGCAUUCGGCGAGAGGGUCUCGCAGUGAUUCUAGUGACUCCAGAUUGGCCGCGUCGACAAUGGUACACUCUUCUGCGCAGUAUGGUAGUCGGAGAUCCCUUUCGUCUACCUCUGCGACCAGAUCUGCUUCUUCAAGGGCCUUGUCGCCACCCAGAUUUACAUCGGAUGGCUUUGACGGCUUGGCUCUUGAAUCCAAGAUUUUGAAGGCAAAAGGUCU